AUGACUGGCCCUGCCUCUCCCCAGGCCGAAGGUCCUACGUUUGCUCCUCCCCCGCUGCCCGCAGGCUGGAUUGCUCAGUGGGAUGGUACGAGCAAGAAAUACUACUAUGUCCAGCUGUCGACUGGUGUUUCCCAGUGGGAUGUCCCUACUGAGCCCGCUAAGACGGGCAACACUCCUGCCCCUCCUAGUGAAAAUCCUUACGGGACUCCCAAGCCGCCUGAACUUAUCACGCAUCCUGAUGGAUCGCAGACUGUGCGCCAUGCGGACGGUACCAUGGAACCAAUCAUGCCCGAUGGGUCUCGCGGUGUAGAUGGGCCCUCUGGGGAUCGAGGACUCGGAAGCAUGGCUAUGAACGCUUUGCUUGGUGGAAAGAAGACUUCUGGUGGUAGUGGUGGCGGAGGCAGUAGCUCCAGCCCAUUGGGCAGCCUCGGCGGUCUUGCAAACCAAUUUCUCGGCGGCAGUCAUGGUGGUAGUGGUAGCGGCGGCGGUAGUAGUGGAGGGAACAAGCCUUCGGGUGCAGGCAAACUUGUUGGCCAACUAGCCCAGAGCUUCAUGCACUCGGCUUCCCAAGAGAAGCCCCCCGCCCCUCAGAACUACCAUAACAGUUCCGGCCAGAAUUCGCACCAGCAACAGCAGCAGCAGCAGCAGCAGGGAGGAGGAGGAGGUAGCGGUGGUAUCGCUGGUCAAAUUAUAGGUGGCGUAGCAACCAUGUUUGGAGGAAAGCACGGCAGCAGUGGACAAAGCUCCAACUUUGGCUAUAACUCUGGACAGCAACAGCAGCAGCAGGGUGGAGGAACAUACUCUGGCCAAGCUCCCACUUACAACCCAUCAGGCUCGGCUCCCUCGGCUCCAUCAGCACCCGCUGCUACUGGAGCGCAUUCUUAUAGCACGCCUUCGCCAAGCCAUCACCAGCAGCAUGGCUCUCAAUCCGGACAGAGUCAGUCUUACGGAUCGCACCAGCAACAAGGCUCCCACCAGUCCUACAACGUGCACCAGCAACAACCUGCUGGCGGCCAACAGUAUGGUAACCAGCAGCAUUCUAGCCCAACCCAGUCGCAAUACGGCUCGCAUCAGCAACAGCACGGCCCCAGUUCCCCCUACGGAGGCCAUCAACAGCAGCCGGGUUCGCAUCAGCAGUAUGGCGGAAACUCGUUCGGAGGAAGCCCGCACCUGUCUCACAACAACUCGUUCCCUCCUCCCCCUCCAGGAGGUCCUCCCCAGCAAGGACAACAUGGGCAACAAGGACAGCAUGGACAACAGUAUUUCCCUCCUCCUCCUGGACAGCAACCACCUCACCAACCAUCAGGUCAUGGUUAUCCUGACACUAAAGCCCACGGAGGCCAAUUCGGCGGUGCACCUGAUCAACAUGCCCAGCAGUCCCAAGGCUACAGUGCGCCCCCAACUGGUGGUUCCCAGCAUUAUCCUCCUCCCCCACCUGGAGGACCUCCUGGAGGAUAUAGCCCUUCCUACGGCGGAGGUCAUGGGAACCAGCAGCCCUCUUACGGUCAUCAAUCUCACCAAAGCAGCGGCGCUCCUCCUGUUCCUCAUGGAAGCCAUCCUCAACAACAAUAUGGAGGACCUUACUGA